AUGACAAACCUGCUGACCGUCCUCCCUGACUUUGACACUCAGCCUUACUCUCACAUUCUGCCUUCGUUGGAAAAGGCUUCAAUCUCGACCGCGGAUCUGCUGACACUCGAUGCUUUUGAUAUUGCGAAGAGAGCGCAAGUCCCACCUCAUGGGGUCAAGAAACUUUGUACGGCGCUGCUGGAGGGACUGCAGGCUAGCUUGACGCUUCAUAUGACUCAAGCUGAUGAUAAGAAUAACGAUGCGGCAGCGAACAAUGUGGCAAACACGAGUCAUGCAAUCAGCACACUCGACGACGAGCUAAAUGCUAAGCUGGGUGGCGGUAUUGCGGCCGGUGAGCUCACUGAGUUGGUGGGCGAGAGCGCUGCUGGCAAGACUCAAUUUCUGUUGUCACUGCUGCUCGCCGUUCAACUUCAUCCUCCACAUGGACCUGGCAAAUCUGCACUCUACAUCUCCACGGAAGCACCUUUGCAGACACCACGACUAUCACAGAUCUUGCAAACCAACUCAAAGAUACAGGAUCUGUCACCCGAUCAGCGGCCAUCCUUGAAUCGAGUUCAGAGCACUCACAUACACGACCUGGAAGCUCAAGAUCACAUUCUCCGCUACCAAGUCCCGGUUGCCAUCAAAAGACACGAUGUCGGUCUUCUCAUCAUCGACAGCAUAGCCGCGAACUACCGACCAGAAUUCGACAAGGGCAACGUGCGAAAGACAGCAGCAGAAUCCUUCAUCAAGCGCAGCAACCAAGUCACACAACUUGGCAAACUUCUGCGGGAUCUGGCACGAAUUCAUGGUAUCGCAGUAGUGGUAGCCAACCAAGUCUCGGACCGCUUCGCGUUCGAACCGCCAGGACAAGUACCCAUCAGCCAGCAAACACAACGUUCCCGUCCUGCUUCGCCACCACAAGCUGUGCCAAUGACUGGCACCAUGUCCCAGCACGUGACAUCUCAAACACCCACCGCGCCGCAAUCUCUACUCACGACCGACGACCCCCUGGCUCUAGACCACCAACAGCGCUUCUUCACCGGCUGGGGCGACGACGCAAAUGUCUCCAACCCCAAGACACCCAGUCUUGGUCUCGCCUGGACGAAUCAACUCGCAACCAGGAUCGCUCUGCUAAAAGAGCCGCAAUACGAGAUGAAGGCAUAUAAGCCUGGCGAGGAGUCGAAUGUUUCUGGUUGGAAACGGACGUUGAAGAUUGUGUUUAGCUCGCAGAGUGCGGCGAGUAGUACUGAGUUUGAGAUUGUGCAGGGCGGUGUGAAGGCUGUUAGGAAGAAGGAGGAUGAUAGUUGA